GUUUCACAGGCGUGCGGUAGUGCAGAGGUUUCUCCACUGAAGAGAGGUUCUGUCAGAGUGAAUUCUCUGGUGUUGCUACUGCUGGAGUAAAUGCAUCACCGGGGAUACACUGCAGUUAACACUGCAUUGGAGAAUACAGUGGUGGUUUAUACUGAGGUUUGGAUGGCAGUGGUGCUCCCAAAGCAUCACCUUUCAACUGCAACAACCAAAGUCACAUAACUGCAACAACCAGACCCUGUUUCUGAGGACCUUCACCUGGAGAGACAGACAGACAGACAGACAGACAGACAGACAGACAGACAGACAGACAGACAGACAGACAGACAGACAGACAGACAGACAGACAGACAGACAGACAGACAGACAGACAGACAGACAGACAGACAGACAGACAGACAGACAGACAGUUGAGGAGUUGGACAAAUCCUCCAUAAUUUAAAAGUUUUUCCUCUGAGAAGUAAAGAAUAGCUAGCAUUUCAGAGAAAGAGGAUAAACGUCAUAGGCAGGAGAGAGGAUCCUUAAACAGAGCAUCUAAACUGGAAUUGACGGGGGGAGAGUGGAAGGGUACUACAGGAUGCUUCUGGCCUUCAGACCAAGACAUCCCGAAAAUGGGUCUUCUCAUGAAAACGUCUGUAGCAUCCAGAUAUGACCCCACAAUCGAAAGGCAGCAUGAACCGUCCAGGGGUGGUCCCUGCCUUCUUCAGGACCCCCACAGUGAUCCCACCCCCCCUGGACAUGAAACAGUUCCUGCAGUUCCCAAUGGACACAGCUCCACCACAACACAGCAUGGGCCUCUUCCACAACUUCAACACCAACAGUUACUCAACAAUGGACCCGGUACAGAAGGCAGUGAUGAACCACACCUUUGGCCCCCCCAUGAUGAAGACCAAACGACCCAUCAUCUCCUGCAAUGUCUGCCAGAUCCGCUUCAACUCAGAAAGUCAGGCAGAGGCCCACUAUAAGGGGAACCGCCAUGCUCGGAGGGUAAAAGGCAUUGAGACCUCCAAGACUCGCCCCCAGGAGGGUGACAAGCUGGCCACUCUCCCCACAGCCGCCCCCUCUCCACCAGGCCCCCCACCAUCCAGCCCAGGCCCUAACCCUAGCAAACAGGAUGACGUCCAGUCCCGCCCACAUUCAAACGGCUCAGACAUGACACCCAGCCCCAUCCCCAUGUCGGUCCAAGACACCUCCCUGCUCCCUGUGUGUCCAUCCAUGCCCCCUUUGAGUACACCUAUGCCCACCACCUCCACCUCCAUCCCCUCCUCGGCCCUUUGUGCCCCCCAGGUGGACACCCCCAUGGCGGGCCCCCCUGACACCCUGACCCCAGCCCCCAGCCUCUUUUCAGGGGAGUCUGAGGAGGACAAGGCCAAGAAGCUGCUCUACUGCUCACUGUGCAAAGUGGCCGUCAACUCCCUCUCUCAGCUAGAGGCGCACAACAAAGGUACCAAACACAAAACCAUCCUGGAGGCAUGGAGUGGGCUGGGCCCCAUAAAAACGUACCCUCGGCUGGGCCCUAACCUGAGCCCAGACCAGGCAGGGGGGCUGCCCUCGGACCACAACACUCAGGAACGCACCUUCCACUGUGAGAUCUGCAACGUGAGAGUGAACUCUGAGCUGCAGCUCAAACAGCAUAUAUCCAGUCGAAGGCAUCGGGAUGGAGUCGCAGGGAAGCCCAAUCCCCUCCUUAGCCGGCAUAAGAAUCGCACAGACUUUGUGUCAUCCUUGACCUUCUCAAAGGAACUUCCAAAAACGCUGGGCCAUGGACUGUUUCCUAACCCCCUGGCUGUUGCCGCGGCGAUGGCAGCCGCUGCCUCCUCCAAUCAGCUGGCUCAGCUGCGUGCCCCUGGUGCCAUUUCUCACACUCAGAACUACCAUCCCCACCACCACCUCUUACAUGGCACACUACAAGGCACGCACCUCAGCCUCCUAAGGCCCGCCCCUGGGCCUAUGCGCACCACCCAUGGGCCAAUCCUCUUCUCCCCUUAUUGACGGUGAUGGGAUGGGGCACUAUCAGGAAGGAGCACACUGUGAAGUAAAACAGGGAAAACCAUUGAUAGAUAAUAAACAGAUGUUAAAACUUAAAUAUUUGAAAUAGGAAAGACUAUGCCUUUUCCUCUCUACCCUUCUACCCUUUUUUGUUUAAUAAAUUCCAAAGCAAAGGAUGGACAUCUUGCAGACAUUUUAAAGAGGAAGGAUGCAUGACAGACUAAGAUGGACUUUCUGUCAAUGCUUUCCCUCCGUUAACCCUCCUCUAACCUUCCGUUAAAAAUAUUUGUACAGGUCAAACAUGUAUCCUGGCUGAGGGUGACUCAGUAGACUGAGUGUUCUAUUUCCUCCACAUCUCUGCAUUUCUGGUUCAGUGAACUCCCACCCAAAGCCAUCUGCAAUAUACGUUGCAUACUGCAAAACCCUGUUGGGGUGUUCAAUAAUCCAAGUGCAGUAUCUACAGGUGUAGGAUCUCAAUUUAAUCAACCUGUUGCAGAAAAUUUGUAGUGUAUUUGAGUCCUAAAAAGGCCUAUGGGGUUUGUAAUUUCCACUGAAAUUUCAGACUUGACUUUCCCUUAUUCAAAUGGAUCAACCCCCACAAAAAUGUCCAUUAAUUAUAAUCCACAUAAUAAUUCACAUUUCCUGUUGUUGCAGGAUUAUUUCCUGCUGUAGCAAACUGGAUAAAAUGAAGAUCCUACAUCUGUACCCCACUCUGUAGUUCCAGGUUCUAGAUUAGGUGCCUGCUCUGCAGAUCCAGGCACAAGGUACAUUGUACUGUAUGUUUCCAGGUUCUAGAUAUAUGUUCUAGUGUUGUGUUGAGGAUAAUAGAUGUUAGUCUAUAUAUCCUCUGUUGUCAGAUCAGGUGAGAGAGAGAGAGAAGUGAAGGAAGCAAGGAAGGAAUAGAGAAACCCCACUGUAACUCAAGGCAGAAAUGUGUACUGAAUUCACCAAGGUAGAGCUAAAUAUUUUUAAGAAAUCUGAAUAAGAUAUUUUAAGAAAUGUGAAUGAAUGCAAUGAAAAAUGAUAGACUUGUGAUAAACCAUUUAUUUAACUGUUGUUUUCUUAGCAUACCUCCUCUUUCAGUCUUAUUGUCUGUAAGAAGUCAGAGAGAAAGGGAGAGUGGGACAUGUUACGGACUGGAACUGUUACGAGAAGUCAAUUGGUUCUAUACAGUUAACAACAGGGUCCCUCUGAUAUCUGAUGGCACCAGCCUCUUCUAGUGAGAACACAAGGGAGGUGGGUUUUCCCUUCCAGGAGUGAUUGCUGACCUGUGAUCCUAUACCCAGAUGGUAGCAUGUUGAGUGUGGUGUGAGUGAGAAACACUGUGAUGGAUGUUUGAAGUGAAGUAGGACACGUUUGUUACAGUUCACAAAGGGGAAAUUCAUAUGAACCUGUAUUUUCUCUCACAUGCUCAUCACAAGCAGCGAUGUGAGUGAUAGUAGUAUAAUAUGAGAUAUCAAGCCAAAAUUUCCUCCAGAGUAAUGAAAUGAAUCAUAUAUUUCCACUUUAAGAGGAGACCGUUGUCCUAUUCUGCCUCAUGUACACUACCGGUCAAACGUUGUAGAACACCAACUAAUUUAAGAGAUUUUCUUUAUUUUUACUAUUUUCUACAUUGUAGAAUAAUAGUGAAGAAUUCAAAACUAUGAACUAACACAUAUGGAAUCAUGUGGUAACCAAAAGUGUUAAACAAUUCUGAGAUUCUUCAAAUUGCCACCCUUUGCCUUGAUGACAGAUUUGCACACUCUUGGCAUUCUUGGCAGAUUUGCACACUCUCGGGGCGGCAGGUAGCCUAGUGGUUAGACCAUUGGGCCUAUAACUAAAAGGUUGCUAGAUCAAAUCCCUGAGCUGACUUGGUAACAAUCUGUUGUUCUGCCUCUGAACAAGGCAGUUAACCCACUAUUCCUUGGCCAUCAUUAUAAAUGAGAAUUUGUUCUUAACUGGCUUGUCAAGCUAAAUAAAAAAUGUAAUCCUCUCAAUCAGCUUUUCCAACAGUCUUGAAGGAGUUCCCACAUAUGCUGAGCACAUGUUGGCUGCUUUUCCUUCACUCUGUGGUGCGACUCAUCCCAAACCAUCUCAAUUUGGUUGAGGUCGGGGGAUUGUGGAGGCCAGAUCAUCUGAUGCAGCACUCUAUCACUCUCCUUCUUGGUCAAAGAGCCCUUACACAGCCUGAAGGUGUGUUGGGUCAGUGUCCUGUUGAAAACAAAUGAUAGUCCCACUAAGUCCAAACAAGAUGGGAUGGCGUAUCACUGCAGAAUAUUGUGGUAGCCAUGCUGGUUAAGUGUGCCUUGAAUUCUAAAUAAAUCACAGACAGUGUCACCAGCAAAGCACCCACACACCAUCACACCUCCUCCUCCAUGCUUUACGGUGGGAACCACACAUGCAGAGAUAAUCCGUUCACCCACACAAAGACUCACAAAGACACAGCAGUUGGAACCAAAAAUCUCAAAUGUCCACUGCUAGUGUUUGUUGGCCCAAGAAAGUCUCUUCUUCUUAUGGUGUCCUUUAGUAGUUGUUUCUUUGCUGCAAUUCGACCAUGAAGGCCUGAUUCACACAAUCUCCUCUGAUCAAUUUAUGUUGAGAUGUGUCUGUUUCUUGAACUCUGUCAAGCAUUUAUUUGGGCUGCAAUUUCUGAGGCUGAUAACUCUAAUGAACUUAUGCUCUGCAGCAGAGAUAACUCUGGGUCUUCCAUUCCUGUGGAUGUCUUCGUGAGAGCUAGUUUCAUCAUAGUGCAUAAUGGUUUUUGCAACUGCACUUGAAGAAACUUUCAAAGUUCUUGAAAUGUUCCGUAUUGUCUUAAAAUAAUGAUGGACUGUCGUUUCUCUUUGUUUAUUUUAGCUGUUCUUGCCAUAAUAUGAACUUGGUCUUUUACCAAAUAGGUAUAUCUUCUGUAUACCACUCCUACCUUGUCACAACACAACUGAUUGGCUCAAACGCAUUUAGAAGGAAUGAAAUUCCACAAGUUAACUUUUAACAAGGCACACCUGUUAAUUGAAAUGCAUUCCACCUCACGAUGCUGGUUGAGAGAAUGCCAAGAGUGUGCAAAGCUGUCAUCAAGGCAAAGGGUGGCUAUUUAAAGAACCUCACAUGUAAACAAAUCAAAAUAUAUUUGAACACUUUUUUGGUUACUACAUGAUUCCAUAUGUGUUAUUUCAUAGUUUUGAUGUCUUCACUAUUAUUCUACAAUGUAGAAAAUAGUUUAAAAAAUAAAGAAAACCCCUUGAAAGAGUAGGUGUUCUAAAACUUUUGACCGGUAGUGUAUUCAUACUCAAACUCACACUAACCCAUACAGAUGGAGCCGGUUGCUCCUGUAAGCCACCAAACAAUUAUUUUCUCAUACAGUAUUAGAAGGGUAAAGGACUGAGAAAUUGUAGCAAUACUUACAGCACUCCUGCUAACGAUUCUUGUUCAUUGCAAUAAAUAAAUAAAUUAUGUGUACAAAUAUAUUAAAUGUUAUUUCGGAGAUAAUAUUGAAUCAUUAUAGACUGUUUUAGCGAUGUUGGCAAAAGAGCUUCCUUAUUGUUGAAUAAACAAACUGAAGAUGAAUAAA